AUGAUAUUUUUCGUAUGGUCGCUUGUGUUAUCUGCAGUGCAGUUUGCACGGCGUCAACGACUAGUGUCAGUAUUAUCGGAAUAUUUCCUUUGGAAUCUUUCGCAUAACUCAGUGCUUCUAUGUCGGAAAAUUCAUUGUUUUUCUUGCUUUUCAAGGAAUAGAAAAAGUUAUGAAAGGUUAAAUGACACUUUGGAUACAUUAAGAAAAACGAGCAGUGAACCAUGCCUUCCUAGUGAACUCAUCGCAAGACCAAUUUAUCGAACCGAGGAAGUGGAAUUUGUUGUUCAAUUAGAUGCUACACAAUUGGAUAUUGUGGACUGGAAUAUGUUUACGCCACCGUGUCAUGGUUCUAUUCCGCGCGUUCAUUUUAUUGCUUUUUUGGACAAAAAAUCCGAUGAAAAUAAUGAAAUGUCGAAUAGUAUUAGUCUCACUGAUUCAAUAGAUAUCACUGAUGAACAGUCGAACAUAAGCAGUGGUACCAUUUACUCUUCUGGCUUAUCAUCAGUUCUAGUUAAUAAUUUAUGCAAUAAAAUCGCUCAUCGACGGGGUCGUCCAUGGGAAAUUCUUUAUGAAUGUACAUUGUAUGAUUUCUAUGAUAUUGCUUUUGCGUGGUCACAGAAUGCAUUAUUUGAUAUUGGUGGCAAAGCAAUAGUUAAAAUGAUGAAAGUGAUAACAUUGCCAGAAAAAUUUUUCAUUCAACUGGAUGAUAGCAACAAUUUACAGAGGAGUGUAUCACCUGCUCUUAGUUCUUUAUCACUAUUUCAUAACAAUGAUGCAGCUUUACAUUAUAGUCAUCGAUUGGAAUUCCCUGUAUCAUCUUCUUUUCAGCUACCAGCUGAUGUUCCGAACAGUGGCUGUUUUGGAUAUAUCACGAAGCCGAAUUCAUCUCGAUCAAGGACAUGUUCCCUAUCUCUCGAACGAACCAAAACAGUGCUCAGUGAAGCUGCUCCAUUCUAUGUCAGAUAUCUCAAAGAGCAAAAUAAAAUGAGCAAAUGGUCGUCAAGCUGUUCAAAAAGUCAACAGUUUGGUCAGGAAAUGAGAUUUGCUCGUAUGGAAGAACACAUCUUGCAUUCUUCUAUAAAUUCAUUAAGUGACCAAAAAAUAAAAUCGCAAAAAACGGAUGAUGGUGCAAACAAUAUGCUUUCAAGAAUGUCAACAGAAAUCAUUUCGCAAGAAAUCAAUAAUCAAUUUUUCAUAGAUUCAUUACACAAUAGUGAUAUUAGUAUACCAGCGAAACUUGUGAAAGACGAUAUAGAUGAUAUCAAAAAACAGGUCAUCGCUUAUCAGAUUCCAAACGAAGUGGAGCCUAGCCAGAAUUCUAUUCGAUCAGAUGAAAAGUCAGUUGUUAAGAAGUGUGAAGAUCAAAGUACUUCAAAUUCUGGACCUACAGAUAAUGCUCAACAAAACCGAUUUUCAAAAGAAAUUAUAAAUUCAAUGAAUUUGGAAAAAAACGAAUCACAGUCAUCAAAUUCGAUUAUCGAGAACACGUGUAAAAUAUUAUCAGCAACAGGUAAACAAAAAUGUCAUCAUUGCAGUUUUCCGUCUUCUGCACAUUUUGCUUUUCGCACUUUUCAGAGUGACUAUUAUAGCACUUCCCCUAUUUCUACGACGUUGUUUCCAUCAUCACUACUAUGCCGGAGUUCGAAAGAACGGCCAGAGUUGUUAGGUAAAGAAAUGUUUCGAAUUUUUAGUGGUUCACAUUUGCACUUCACGACAGAUGGCAGAAAAAUUCUUGCGAAGCCUUUAAUGAUUUUGGUAUUUACUGGUAACAAUGAAGAUUUGUUCAAUCGUAUCUUGAAAAUUCUCAGUACGACAAUUCCAUCUGAUACUCAUACUAUUUUUCAUCUGUCGUACGAAGCUUUCUGCAAGCAUCCAUGGAUUGGACAAGGCACAGCGUGCUUAAUUGUAGCUGAUACGUCACAUCUGGAUGAUGAAUGUUGGAUUCGACUUCAGCAGUACUUCAGUAAUUCGGGCAAGAUUCUCUUCCUCUGUCAAAAUAAGCUUUUGGCAAGUUUAUCAACCUGUGACAAUUCGAAAAAGACUGCCAAGUUGUUGAAGAUGGCAUUUGGUGAACGGCAGUCAAAGAAACUCGGAAAAGACUUUGAACAUUUCCUAAAGAAAACUUUGAAAACGCUAUAUAAGGAAAAAAAGGUGAACCAAACUUUUCAUGCAAAAGAUAUUUUCGGUGGUUACAAAUAUUCCGUUGUGUUAAACAAAACCGAAGAUAGUCCGUUUUUGUUAUAUAUGGAAAAUGCAGCGCAACGUGCGAGUGCUCUGUUUAGUGAUGCGACAAGUGCACAAUUACUUCAAUCCGGUUCAACAUUAAUUGCUGAUGCUCUUUCACGUCUUUCCAUAAAAAUCACUAAGAAUUUAGCGAUACCAUCCCUCACACCAGGAUAUUUUAUUUGUGAAUAUGAUCGAAUGCCGUGGGAUAUGGAAGGUAUGCAUUUCAAUGAACCAUUCGGCAGUAUGCCCAAAUUAUUGCUCAAGCAGAUUAGCAAACAUGGAACAUUACCAGAGGUUUCAAGCGAGUUACUUCCUGUUGAAGUCCGAACACGGGUGGAACAUUUACCUGAUUUUGACGAUGAAAUUUAUUUUAAGAGGCUUGAAACUUCGAGACUUGGCAAAGCUUUACUUUACAUUCCAGUAUGUGAGACGACAAUGGGAAUUGGAAAAAGUUUGGCAUUUGCAAUGCCAGGUGAGCCAAUUGUGAUUGUCGCACGACAACAAACUAAAGGAAAGGGUCGAUCAGGAAAUCAGUGGCUCAGUCCAGUUGGAUGCGCCAUGUUUACGUUUAAUUAUAUGUUGUCGCCCGAAUCAUCUCUUAGUAACAAUGUUGGCAUCAUUCAACAUAUUUUCUGUGUUGCAAUUGUCAGUGGCAUUUGUUCACUUCGGAAGGAAUUGGAGAAGUUUCCAUUGAGGAUUAAAUGGCCAAAUGAUCUUUAUUACGGUCGAACGUGUAAAAUGGGUGGUUUAAUCGUGAAUGUCACGACAAUUAAUGACAAAACCGUUUGUACAAUUGGUGCUGGGUUGAAUUUGUCGAACAGUAAGCCGACUGCCUGUAUCAAUGAUUUCUUACCGCCAGAUUUAAGGAUACGACAAGAGGAUUAUAUUGCCAAUACCCUAAAUAAAUUUCAGUAUUACGUUGAUCUCUAUGAGAAUGGGGGUGAGAAUGCAUUUCUGAAAGAUUACUAUCGAUUUUGGCUACACAGUCGAGAAGAAGUAACUCUAUCGGAUACUAAUGAAAAGGUUAUAAUACGAGGAUUGGACCGUCAUGGAUUUUUGAAAGUUCGAAGCCGUCAAAGUGGAAAAGUAAUGGUUGUACAUCCAGACGGUAACACUUUUGACAUGAUGAAAGGUCUUAUCACUGCUAAAUAUGCUUGA